CCCUUCAAAUAAGGAGGUUGUGCACGUAAUUUGACACCAACGAACACAAGAGAAGAAGAGUUUGGUGGUGAAUAUCAUCAGUAUUAUUAAGCCCUGUUGUGAGCAUUUGAUGUAUAGAGCGGAGUCAUGGGCGAGUCAAGCGACUCUGUCUCCAUUGACAUUGAUUUGAUACCCUUAGGAGGAAAGGAAUGCACGGUGAAAACAAGUAGAGGUUCUGUGUCCGUGCUUGUUUGUGGGGAUCAAGAAAAACCCGCUCUAAUAACCUACCCGGACGUCGCUCUCAAUUAUGUGUCUUGUUUCCAGGGUCUGUUGUUCUGCCCAGAAGCAGCUUCUUUGUUGCUUCACAACUUCUGCAUUUAUCACAUUGAUGCUCCCGGGCAUGAGUUGGGAGCUGAUGUCAUUUCUUCAGAUGAACCAUUGCUUUGCGUGGAUGACCUAGCUGACCAGAUUGCUGAAGUGCUUGAUUUCUUUGGGCUAAGGGAGGUUCUGUGCUUGGGUGUAACAGCUGGUGCUUACGUCCUCACUCUAUUUGCUAUGAAAUACAAAGAACGAGUGCUUGGGUUGAUUCUUGUUUCACCUAUUUGCAAAUCUCCUUCAUGGACGGAAUGGCUUUACAACAAGGUCUUAAUGAACUUAUUAUACUUCUAUGGUAUGUGCGGUUUACUGAAGGAAUGCCUUCUGCAGCGUUACUUCAGUAAGGAACUUAGGUGCAGUGUCCAGGGAGCAGAAUCAGACAUAAUACUAACUUGCCGAAGGCUUCUGGAUGAAAGGCAAAGUUUAAACGUUAUGCGAUUUCUCCAAGCAAUUAAUGCAAGGCACGACCUCACUGAGGGUCUGAAGGACUUGCAAUGUAAGACACUUAUAUUUGCAGGUGAGAGUAGCCCAUUCCAUGCUGAAUCUGUGUACAUGAGCACAAAAAUGAACAAAAAAAUCUCUGCACUUGUUGAGGUUCAGGCUUGUGGAUCACUGGUAACAGAAGAGCACCCAAAUUCUAUGAUAACACCACUAGAGUGUUUCUUAAUGGGUUUUGGCUACCACAGACAAAUACAUGUUGCUUCCUCGUCAAGCAAUGGCUCAAAUCCAGCAAGCCCCUCUAGUCAUUCAUGCAUAGCACCAGAACUUCUCUCCCCAGAGAGUUUAGGAAUUAAGCUCAAGCCCAUCAGAACCCGUGUUGAUGUUGAAAUCUAACUUAGUCCAGCUAAAAGAUUGACAACAACAAUGCAGCAGUGGACUGAGCUAAAGCAUUGCACAUAGUUUAAUAUAUAGCUAGUGUAGGAUAUAUUCUUUGAUUAUGUUGGUGGACUAAUGAUCUUGUUUGCAAAAUGGAUUUUUUCCUACCAAUGUAAAAAAGUAGGAGGUAUCUUAUAGGAUAUUCUUUUACUAAUAUUGUUUUUUGAGAUAGAUCUCACCAAAAUCUAUUCUGGAACUUGCUGUGCACCUUACUGCUUUUAAGGUUUAAUGAACCUCAAGCAAUAAGGACUGUUUGUUACUAAUGUUGAUUUUUUUAAGUGAAUAUAUAUGCAUUAAUUUUGUCAUUA